UAUAAACAUAUACAUACACACAUAUACACAACGCUACCCUCUCUCUCUCUCUCUCUCUCUCUCAACCCUCUCUCUCUCUAUCUAGAUCUUUGUGGGUGAAUUUGUAAGAGAAAAAGGGAAAAUGGGUAUGGUGGUGGUGAUAUCUCUGCCAUUGAUUCUGUUCUGCUUAGUGCUUGGAUUUGGAUGCUACUACUGGGGAAGAGCCAAAGGCAGACAAGAUGUCAGGAGCAACGCUCAGGUCUAUGGAGUUCCCACUCCACCUCCAGGGGCUACCUCUUUUCCUUCUACUCCCUCUCCUUCCCACUUUUCCAAACCUCCACAAAAUCCUGCUAAUAUUGUUUGAAACCAACAACAAUUCCAAGAUUCUGCUUCAUUCUGUUGAGACUUUGUAUGGAAAUUUAAUUUCUCUCUCUCUUUCUCUUUUUUUUUUUUUUUUUUAAUUAUUCAUGUGUGUGAAUCUGAGUGUAGAUUGCUGAAAGCCCAUCUUGGGGAAUUAAUUUUUGUGGAUUUUGGUGUAUAUUGGUUGUCAUUGAGUUAAUAAUAAGGCUUUAGAAGAGAAAGUCAAUUUUUUUU